GCCAAGUCAUCGCGCCCGCCAACCUGAAAAAGGUUUUUGGCAAGGACGGCUUUUGCAAGGCACAGUCGGCCGACGCCGUCAUCAGGAAGCUUAGAGAUGUCUUGAGUGGGAAUGGUCUGGACAUCAUGGCAGAUCCACGAUUGCUGAAUCUCAUGGGCGUGACAGAAAUCAACAUCGCAAGAAUGGUUUUGGGUAUGGCCUCACCUGCCCAGGAGAAGCCCUAUGAGAGCGUGGAAGCUGUUGGUCAUGACUGCGUUCUCCUUUUGAAUGCGAACCUAGGCUCUACCAUGUCCAGCCCAUGGCUGUCGUACGCACAAAAGACAGAUGAAGGCCCUGCAGGCAGCGCAGCAUCAUCCAGUGGCAUAGGGGAACGCCUUCGGGAAUUGAAUCCCGAUGGCAGCCUCAAGGAUCCCUCGAUCCUGCUUCUUGAUAUGGGUUCACACCCG